AUGUCCAACACUGCCAUGUCUUUUCAAUCUCGCACGGAGCAACAACACGAACUCACCGACACGCCAUUUCGAUCCGAGAUCUCCACCACGAUGGCUGCUUCAACCUUUGGACUCGCUUUUGGCAGUCCCAAAGGAAUGCCAAUCGAUCAGAGGAAAGCGAGCACAAGCACCGCCGACUGUAUACCUCCGUCCACGCAUACCACUUCAGGUGGAAUCCAUGGCUGGUUCCUCUAUAACCCAAAAACGGAAAACUUUCACCAGUCUGCGAUGGAUGAGGAAAAGGAGGAAGAACAAGUCGCUGCUCAGACGUUGGUAGAUGUAUGCGAGGAGGCUUUGGAUGAUGCCUCCGAAAUGACCUGUGGCUGUGAAGAAGAAGAAGAAGAAGAAGAAGAAGGGCCAGGCCUGUUGAGGAAUUCCUUCUCAUUCGUAGCGACUACGGACUUGCUCGAACACUCCCCAGCUGUAUCCCCUUUCAGCGAUGUGUAUGGAGCAUCAGAUUCUCCUGCCUCAAGCACGAUAUCGCAUACUGGCAGCGAUGUAGAGGCUCUGAAAAGAUCCUUAUCUUUGGUUUGUGGAUCGACGGGCACUUCUUUGUCUCCCUUUCCACUAAACGACCGCGGAACUUCGGGCUUGACUUUCUUUCCGCUGUUGUGUGAGAGUCACUUGAGCAGCCAUAGAGGUUCGGUCAUGGAGGCUGGAGUUGCACUAGAUUCGAGGGUGUUUGGUGGAAUUGGGACCGUGCAGAAAGGGCGGAAAGCCAAUGUGCGAAAGCGUUACAGCUUUAUGGAGUGA